AAUAAAAUAAUAAUAAUAUCCAGUAUGAUAUCUACAUUGAUCACACAUAAAUGUAUUUACAUAGUCGGAAUUUACCGACCAUAUUGUAUCCAUACAAUUGUAUACAUGUAAGCAUGGAGACAUGAAUUUGUACACGUGAGGACCUUAUGUAUGUGCUCACACAUCAUCACAUAUAUUAUUUACGAUUGAACACCGGCUACAACGUAACAGUCGCUAGUACUGUAAGCGGGAAACAAUACAUUAACUUAAAAAAUAAACUAUAUAUAAGACAUAUUUCAUAUUCUAUAUACAUGUAAGCAGGACGACAUGAAUUUGUACACGUGAGGACCUUAUGUAUGCGCUCACACACCGCCACACACCCCUAUAUAUACAAUUGAACACCGGCUACAACGUGACGGUUGCUAGUACUGUAAGCGGGAAGCAAUACAUUAACUUGAAAAAUAAACUAUAUUUAAGACAUAUUUCAUAUGAGGAUUCGAUAAUUUACAUCAGGUAGGUUUCAACAAUGCAGGUAGGGUAUGCUUGGGUAAACACAUAAGUUGCUCUAAAUAUAACGCAUCAUAUAGCACACAUGAUGUAACAGGAGGGUUCAUGUGAUAUUGAAUUAAUUUAAGAAGUUUAUUGUUAAAGUUUCAUACUAAAUGAGAUUUCGUUAUAUAUAUGUAAUUGAAAACGUACGUGUAUUGGUUUUUUACUAGACCUUUUCAUAAAUACCCAAAAAGGGAAAUUAAUGUUUGAAUAUCAUUUUUUUUAUGAUACAGGCAACAAAAGCCAAAAUGUCAUUGAUAAUGUGACAUAUCGAAACAUAUGUUACAUCCGACUACGUGAAUGGCUUUGAAUAAUCUCGUGUCGUAAUGAUUGAUAUUGGUUAGUUUUAAUGCUAAUAUAACCACGUCCGAUAGGACGUACCAUCAUUAUUUGAAAUAACAGCCUUACCCUUAUCACCUAGCAGCCGGGAGUCAGGACUAGACCAGAAAAGGUAAAAUGGGAUUGAGAAAGUCGAUGAUCCUUACCCCGUUGCUGGUUCUGCUAGUAACCGUGGACAUCACCAAAUGUUGUUACUGUCCUCCGGCACCUUUUCGGGACCAGUUUUGUGAAUCACCUUUUGCAAUAAGAGGCAUCGUGGAAUCUGGUGAUGAGGUGUGGAAUGACUUUGAAAGAGUAUAUACUCGUUACACGGUUAGAGUUGAACAGGUGUAUAGGGAGCCAUCAGAUGAGACUAUUGGAGACAGUCUUACCAUUUCGGUGCCGUAUCAGUCUUCAAUGUGUGGGAUGACUCUGACAGAGGGCCGUGAUUACAUCAUUGGAGGGUACGUAUAUCCAUCUGAUAUUGAGAAAUACGAGGUGAAUGGAUGUGGCUUGACCGAGUUUUAUGAAAAUUUGACAGCUGAUCAGCUUGCUGGUAUUAAUGGAGCCUAUGGAUGUUCACUAUAAUUAAUUUCAAGUGGAUUGUAAAGAAAAAAAAUUUCAACUGAUGUUUACGACUGUCUGGCGAAAUAUUACUGUGUGAAAAAUAAAUGCCUCUUUUCAUAUA